AUGGCCAAUGCCUCUUCUCUCAUUUUGAAUUUCUGCAGUAAUUACUUUCUGGAGCUCUCUUGCCUUCAUCUUUUACAGUUAGCAACACUGCUAGCUGGGGAUAGAUCUGUAGCUGGGUUGAUAUUCAUUCUGGCAUCAGAUAAAUCUUGCACGCAUGUAGAUGGUGAUGAUGUUGACUGGGAUACUGAUGAUGAGCUUGAGAUUGAAAACUUCACUUUAUCUUCUUCAGCUAAUCCAGACUCUGGGGAGGGAAACCUUAUAUCUGACACACAGAUUCAUAUUUCUUUGAAGAUUUAUGAUAUGAAUCUAUUAUGUGAUAAGUUCAUUGGGACAGAUGAAAUACUGGCUUGCUUUUCCUCCGGAGCAACAUUCUCUGCCAGAGAUUCUCCUCCAGAACAGUGCUCUCCUCAAGAACAGCAACAAACUGACUCGGAUCUCUUUUCUUCAGAUUAUGAUGGGAGCUUUCUAGAUAGUUUUUCAGAUCUCAAUAGCUCUGAUGAUGAGGUAAUCAUCGAUCCUACAUCUGAGGUCGAGACAAAACUUAUGUCCUUGGUUAAAAUGGGGUAUUCAAUGGCUAUAGAAAGAUGCGGUAUUGACUCGUCACUUGUUGAUUUCACUGAUUUCAUAUCAGCUGCUCAAAUUUCAAAGGCAGAAGAUGGCCAUCUUCCCCUUGAAGAGAUGGUAUUCUUUGUCCUUCUUGCUGAUAUUCAAUAUUUUGACUGCUGGUACAACUUUUACAGCGUACACGUGUGGAGUGAGUAUCCUGAGAAGAGUAAGAGGAAACUUUGUGAAUCUUCAUUGCUGAAAAGGAAAAGGAUUAUCGGACAUGGAAACCAGAUCAUAGGGGAAGAUGCUGAUGCAAUUCAUCUCCCAAAUCCAAUGGUUGGGUUUGGGACUCCAGAUCUCUGUCAAAUCUACCAAAAUCUUCCAAAGGCAGCCGCAGGACCUCCUUAUUUUUACUAUGAGAAUGUGGCAUUGACACGUAAAGGAGUUUGGAGCACAAUGUCCUGCUUUUUGUAUGACAUGAAGCCUGAGUUUGUUGAUCCGAAGUAUUUUUGUGCUGCUGCAAGAAAAAGGGGCUAUGUUCACAAUCUUCCAGUCAAAAACAGAUUUCCUCUCGUUCCCCUUCCACCACAAACUAUAUUUGAUGCAUUUCCCAUGACAAGUGGAAUCUUGUUUGGGGAAAGAAAAAGUGGCCCCACUUGA